AUUGUUUGGACUAAAUUCAGUUUGAGGUUGUCACGACAUAUGCACAGAAGAAUUUCUUUUAUAAUAUGGUGAACAUUUAUAAUAGAUAGCCUGUGUAUUUUUAUGCGUUCUUUUUUAUGCGGUCAGUUUUUAAAUGCGACGUAGGUUAAAACGCUGCUUUCACUUUCACAUUCUGCUAAACCACGCCAGACGUUUUAGACUUCGUGGUGGUCAAACAUCAGUUUCACCCCUCAAUAUUUCCAUAAACAACAAAAUUUAACAAGACAAACAAGGAGUGUGUGCGUGUGUGUAAAUUACUAGAACAAACCUCCUCAACAGUAUUUAUGCUUACUGAACACUCAACUCCAGUGCACCAAGCUAAUAUUUUUCAUCCCUCCACUUCAGCAAAUUACGAUGCCAUCGAUUAAAUAUUCUAUCAAUGCACCUGACAGUGUCAAAGACAUUCCUAUGACAUUCAUGAAAAAGCUUAAGGAUAAGACAAAAUUGGGAUCAAAAAUCAAGUUGAAAAAUGCAGAAAAGAGAAAUAAGCCCAGUGAUAUUGGCCUAGUUUUCUUCCCAGUUGUUUCUCGCACUGGAACUGACAUUGAUGCUGCUGUCAGUAACAUUAAAGAUGAUAAGCCAGUCAUUUUAGUGGUUCUUCAUCACACAUUUGACCCUGAGGCUGUUGUGUCAGACAGCAGUACAUUUGUGAAAAGGGAGAAUACACUUACCGUGGACUGUCUGUUCUAUGAGGACAAAGGAUUACUAGAGUGUAAAAGAAAUGAUAAAGCUUACAAAAAUGCUAUAGAGUGGCUGAAAUUAAUGAAAAGUGUGAUGAACAAAAAGGAUCCCCUACCAAAUCCCGACCAACAUCCAGUUUGAAUUCUGCACAGAUGCACUGGGAAAAGAAAUUUAAUUUCUCACAUUUUUUGAUAGUGUAUACUUAUUGAUAACCAAUUAAAUCCUCCAACAAAAUGUAACCUUAUGCAUUUUGCAGGCUCCGUUUUUCAUGUUCAAGUUAUUGAUGCUCUACAAAGGUGCUCCUAUACAAAAUUAUGUGAAUGCAUAGGAAAUAGUUAGUAGUUUCUUUAUUUGGGUGUUUUACCACCAAUUACAACCUUCCAGCCUUCUUAGGCUGAUGAUACACAGGGCAACUUUUUGAGCAAUGUUGCCGGGCAAUUUUGGGCAAUGUUGCAGUCAACAGGCAACCAGGUGAAACACGGGGCCACAACCGAUCUAAAGUAUCCAGAUAGAAUUUUGUUACCCAUUCUCAGUGGGAAGGUGGACCAGCAACAUUGCUCAAAAGAAGUUGCUCUGUGUUUCAUCAGCCUUAGAAUUGAUUCAUACAACUGUUGAAUAGACUCCAGUUGAAUGUUGUUACAGAACAUCUGUCGAUUGCUUCAGGGAAUCUGCUUCUCACUCCUCUCUCCAAAACUGGCCCCAGUGAUUUAACAAUAUUAAAGUCAGGUGAUUUAAAUAGCCAGGGCAUAUGUUGAAGUUCAUCUCGGUGCUCCACGCACCAAGGUUUUACGAUCAUGACACCAUAUUGUUUGCAAUUUAGCAUGGUGUCUGAUGAAAAUUUUAGCAUUUGGAGCUUUCAUGGAUGUUGGCUUUGUAAAGUUCUCUGUGGUCUUUUUUUUUUUUUUUUGUGGAAACAGUCUUCAGGGUGAAAAUUUAAAUUUGAUGGCAGUUUGCUGCAGUAGUUCUGUGUUGUUUAGACACAAUCCAUAGUGUCCGUAUCAUUCACUUUUGGUUUUCGCACAUUAUUGUUCUUCGCUGAUGAAGUCUUGCCAUGCUUUGUGUAAGCAGUCAUGAUCAUAAAGACUGUUGUUCUUAAAACACCAAACAGGUUUCACCCACAACCAGUGUUGGGGAAAGUUACUUUUAAAAGUAAUGCAUUAUAAUAUUGCAUUUAUUUAAUUAUUAUACUUAGUUACUUUUUAAAUCGGGGCAGGGCUUGCUUGUUUGUUUUUAAUAUAAAAAUUUCUUAAUUUACAAAUGUAACAGCCCUUUCACACCAAAAGUGAAAUGAAUACGCCUCAGGCUGAAGGAAAUGUAAAUUAAUCUCUACAGUAGAGGGCACAGAAUAUGAUGCAGGAGAAGAAAGUUCAGCACUAUUCAGUAAUAACAAAUGUGUCAUUUUUGCUUAUUAGUAUGGUAGAAUUUUAUCAUCGAAGGUCAGCAGCAAAGGCAAUGGUUAUUAAAAAGGGAUUAAAUAGGCCUACAAAAAUGAUAUUUGUCUUUUUUAACAUAUAUUGCAGGUUUGUAUAAUAUUCUGAGUUUGCAUUUGACUGUUUUUAUUCAUUUUGAGGAAUACUGAUUCUGUUUUUUGCUGGUGAGAUGAGUAAAUGCAUGUUCACCUUUAGUCUAGAACUACUGUAACAUCAGGUUCACACAGCGCACAAUGCCUCUGCAUUUACUCACGAUUUCUCUCAACAUGGCAACACAAGAGCCAUCAGUCAAUACAUGGAGUAACUGGAGUUACUUAUUUGAAAAAGUAACUCAGAUAUUUACUUCUAAAUUAAAAAGUAAUGUGUUACUUUAGUUGCUUAAAAAAGUAAUCUGAUUACGUAACUUGCGUUACUUGUAUUAUUUUGUCCAACCCCUUAUGAAGUUUGUACAGUGGAUUAAUCCUUCCAUCCAUUAUCCAGACUGUAGGCUUGUGAGGAUGCUGGAGCCUGUGAGUAGACUCAUGGAUCCAAUAGUAUUUUUAAAAAAUGUUUUUAUUUGAUUCAUGUCUAUGUUCUUCUUGUACACUUUCUUUCUGACAAAAUGGCAUAAAUAUUUCAAAUAGAAUAAACAUGUACAAAUGC